AUGCCGCAGAACGAAUAUAUGGAACAGCACCGCAAACGCUUCGGCGAGCGGUUGGACGCCGCCGAGCGCAGGCGGAAGAAAGCGGCGCGUAUGCCUCACGAGCGAUCAAAGACAGCGCGUAAACUUCGGGGAAUAAAGGCGAAGAUAUUCAACAGGAAGCGCUUUGUAGAAAAAGCACAGAUGAAGAAAACCAUUAAACAGCAUGAGGAGAAGGAAGGCAAGCAGAAGGAGCCGGAAACCGUCCCUGAGGGCGCAGUGCCGUCUUAUUUGUUAGACAGAGAAGGCGUUUCAAGAACGAAACUGCUGACAAACAUGAUUAAACAAAAGAGAAAAGAGAAGGCCGGAAAGUGGCAGGUGCCCAUUCCCAAGGUCAAGGCCAUGACAGAGGAAGAAAUGUUCAAAGUGCUCAAAUCAGGAAAAAGAAAGAGGAAGAUGUGGAAGCGCGUGGUGAACAAGGUGUGCUUUGUGGGGGAGGACUUCACGCGGAAACCGCCCAAAUUUGAACGAUAUAUUCGGCCAACGGGUUUACGAUUUAAGAAGGCGCAUGUGACACAUCCGGAGUUGAAGGCGACAUUUCAGUUAGAUAUCGUAAAAGUCAAGAAAAAUCCCCAGUCCCAGCUGUACACCUCCCUUGGGGUCAUCACCAAGGGUACCAUCAUAGAGGUGAACGUUAGCGAGUUAGGAUUGGUUACGCAGACCGGCAAAGUGGUUUGGGCCAAGUACGCGCAAGUCACCAACAACCCCGAGCUGGACGGAUGCAUCAACGCGGUGCUUCUGGUUUAA